UUGACCUGGUUUAAAUCCACACCCAAGCCCUCUCUUCUGCAUUCAUUGAAAAGUGCAUAGCCGACGCGCACAGAAUAUCUCUCCUUCCUCUGCGAAAUUUCUAACUCCGACAGGCUGUCUGACUAUGGCUAACUACAUCCAUGUACCCGAGAACGCACCGGUGGUGCCCAAAUUAGAUGUCACAGUAGACGAACAUGAUUAUAGGACCGGAGCACUCAAACUCAUCAAGGAGCUCCGGCCCAACUGGAAACCGUCAGAGGUCAAAAUGAAGUCCUUCACUGACGGCAUAACCAAUAAGCUGAUCGGUUGCUAUGUGGGCGGGGCGAUGGAGGACGUGGUGCUGGUGCGUAUCUACGGCAACAAGACGGAACUCUUCGUGGACCGCGAGAACGAGGUGAAGAGCUUCCGGGUUCUGCAGGCCCACCGCUGCGCACCCCAGCUCUACGGAACCUUCAACAAUGGCCUGUGCUACGAGUUCCUGAAAGGAACCGCGCUAGAACCGGAACACAUACGCAGCACGCAGCUAUUCCGGCUAAUAGCGCGUCAGCUGGCUAAGUACCAUGCUAUCCACGCCCAUAACGGCUGGGUGCCCCAGUCUGACCUCUGGCUGAAGAUGGGGAAAUACUUCUCACUCGCGCCCACACACUUCCAGGACCCCGAGAUGAACCUACGGUUGAGCAGUGAGGUUCCGAGCUCCCGUCAGCUGCGUGAUGAGAUGGUGUGGCUGAAGCAGAGUCUGUCUGGACUGGGCUCCCCCGUGGUGCUGUGUCACAACGACCUGCUCUGUAAAAACAUCAUCUACAGCCAGGAAGCAGGUAACGUGAAGUUCAUCGAUUACGAAUAUGCCGGAUACAACUACCAGGCCUACGACAUAGGGAACCACUUCAACGAGUUCGCAGGUCUGAGUGAAGUGGACUACAGCCAGUACCCUGGUCGUGAGCUGCAGCUGGAGUGGUUGAGGGCGUACCUGGAGGCCUAUAAGGAGUACAAGGGCCAGCGGGGGCCCGUUACUGACACAGACGUGGAGGUACUAUACGUGCAAGUGAACCGCUUCGCUCUGGCAUCCCACUUCUUCUGGGGACUGUGGGCCCUCAUCCAGGCACAGUACUCCACCAUUGACUUCGACUACCUAGGAUAUGCAGUUCUUCGCUUCAACCAGUACUUCAAGAUGAAACCAGAGGUGAUGGCUAUGAACUUUCCCGAGUAGACCAGAGUGCUGUUCACUUCCUGUUAACGAACAGCCCCAUCUGGUGGACAAUAUUCCCAACUGCACCACAGCCAUACCACUGGCCUACAGCCCCCACCAUCACAUGAGAUACACCGCUGACAAACACUUUACCACGCAGCUAGACUAAAAAAAAAUGACCUAAGCAAGCGAGGCACCAACGAGCAAGUGGAAGAAGUUUGUGUAAAUGUUUACACCUUACUGAAGCUCUUGCACUCCCCCCAGUGGUCAGUCCACAGAUUGCAGUACUGCAGAACAACCAACAGACUGAACUGACCCAGCCAGUAGAACCUUUGCAGACCUAAACUGACCCACUUUACUGCAAAGCCCAGUGACCAGGGCAGCUCCUGUUGAAGAGGGGAAAGAGGGAGAAUGGACCGACCCAGAGCCAUGGAAUUCAGAGUUGUGUUUCUCGAAAGCGUAGUUGUUACCCAGUUAGUAACUUGGGUAGUUGCCAAUGGGAAAUUGCAUUGCAACCAACAAAGUAGCUAAUGUAGUUAGCAACUAAGGUUUCAAGAAAUGGACCCCACAGUUGGGACAACCAGGUUCCAUGAGCCGCCAUCUUUGUUUAAAAAUGGAACACGGAGGUCAAUGAGAUUUAGCCUGAUUGUGCCUUCAUGUGCUCUCGAAAACUUGUAUAUACGAGUCUCGGAAACUCCUAUACAACAUUUUUCAACGAGCUUUCCGGUGGUAAAUACACCACAUACGUGGCGUUCAUGUGUGUUUCCCAUGUCCGCGUUUGGUAUUUACCAUAAUUCCCAGAGAACAUGAAUGCACAAUAACUCUUAUUUCCUUGGCUCUGAACCGACCCAAAUGGCUGACCGACCAACACCAACACCAACACAGAGACCAAGACCAACCCAGAAGACCACAGGCCAUCACACCGUCUUUCCUACCUUCUCCUCUGACACGACUACUGGCGUCCAGGGCUCUAAAUUAACAUCAGCCAACUGGCCAAAUGCUGGUGAAAUUUCAGUUUGGCUGGUAGGAAAAAAGAAGACCAAGUUGCUAGCCACUUUGACCCAUUAGCGAGGGUGUGUUUGGCUAGUAAGAGUAACACCUACUAGUCAUUUCGGCUGGUGGUUAAGAAAAAAGUUAAUUUAGAGUCCUGCUGGUGUCUGUCUGUCUCAACUUGCCUGACACAAGACUACCACCAAAAGCAAUCCCCCCCCUCCACACACACACACACACUUUGGACCACGACACCACAGCUUACUUGCCAUCUACAGUACCUGGACCAACUGGACCCCCACCCCCCUCCUGCACCCCUGAACUGCUGGACCCAAAACCCCACCCCCAAAUCCCGCACCCCCUCCCAAUAAGCUGCUGCCUCUCCCGUAUAUGCCUCUUGUACAUGGUGUGUAGUGGUACACCACUCCACUCAAGGCCUUCUCUUGUCCUGUGCAAUGUACCUGCACCUGCAUUAGAACACCACGUUUCGCGUUACAUCGCCAUGGUUACGGAGGUUUAUUUCUAACAAGGCUGUUGAGGUUAGCUUGCCUUAGGCCUUGCUACCUAUGACCGCUAGUUUUAUUUUUGUUUUGUUUUCAUUUAUGAGUCACCAAGGUUACAUCGCCAAGGUUACGGAGGUUAUGACAAGGCUAUUAAGGUUAGCUUGGGCCUUGCUACCUAUGCUACCUAUGACCGCCUUGCAACCGAUGACAGCUAGUUUUAUUUUUUUAGCAUCAUUUUAUUUUUCAUUUUCAUUUUUUUUGUAAGUGAACUCCAUCUCAUUUCUCUUUGUGUUUACACACAUGUGUGGGAAGGGAUUUAUAUGUAUAAUCAUUGUGUGUGGGAGGGAAAGUAGUUAUCUGUCAGUGUGUGUGUGUGUGGGGGGGGGGGGGAUAUUCUCUAUGUACGGACAACAAGCAAGCAUCUGUAUGUAGGGCGUGUUUAUGGUGGUGGUAAUAUGUGACUGUGAAUGGAACAGGGGAUAAUCAGAGUGUGUGUGUGUGUGUGUGUGUGUGUGUGUGUGUGUGUGUGUGUGUGUGUGAGUGUGUGUGUGUGUGUGUGUGUAUGUGUGUGUGUGUGUGUGUGUGUGUGUGUGUGUGUGUGUGUGUGUGUGUGUGAUGUAGUGAAAGUGUUGUGAGUAUUUAUCAGGGACCAAUGGUAGUGUGAGGGAGAAGAAUGUUUCUCUUGUUCGCGUGUAAAGUAAAUGUUAAAGUAGGGUCUAUAGUUUGCGUUGUUUUCCCAAAAGGAUUUCAAGGACCGACCCACUAACUGUGACCGUCCGAGAAAGUGUUUAUGGUUGUUGUAGCUCCGACAACUUCAGAAAACUCUCAUAACUACGACAAUAUGAGUUGUCACAAAUCAAAUAACAAAUCAAUUACAACUGCAACGAAUACAAGUUUAAUGGCCUGAACGUUGUUAUCACAUUCACUGACUAAUUUGAUGAGAGGUAAAUCCCAAUGGUAUAACAAUUACUGGUAUACUAUUACACUCCCAACACUAGUAAAUCAGUAUAUGUGACAUUUACACCCAAAUGUCAAAAGAUAUUCGCGCUAAAAACAUCAUCAACUAGGGUCAAUGGAUGAUCAUGUCGUCACAGUUUCUCGGCAUCUUUCUCAUCGUCGUUCUAGCUCAUGAUAUGAAUGGACCUUUAUGUCUGAUGUCAACCUUGUGGCAGUGUAUAUUGUCUGGGUCAGGCCCGGCCCAGAACUGGGCCGAGUCUGGUUCUGAUCCGGCUGGCGUCUGGCACCAGAGUCGUCGCCACCGCUACUAAUGGAGUAGUCACUAGUUUCAACGUACACCAAAGUGCUGACCUGUUCUGCUUGUACAUACUGCACAGUGUAUUUUUCCACCUAGAAUAUUUGUGAACUAUGUAUAUUAUCGACUUUCUAAAGUGGAAAAGAGAGAGGGAGUAAAGAGGCAGUUUUUUAUACCUAUUUAAUGAAAACUGUUUUGAGAGCAUUGUUUAUUUUCAUUUUGCAAGUGUGUAGGUGUGAGUAUAUUGUAGAGUUGAGGAUUUAGAUCCCCUUGUCUGUUGUGUGUGUUCAGUUUGGUUGCCUUACAGAGAACAGACAAAUCAUUGUUCCUUUUGAUGAACCCACAAAGUUUGCAGUUCAGUAGUAGCCUACGUUGGUCACCACGGCAACAGGAAGAUGGGUGUCUCAUUUGGCUGUGAUGUCAUCAACAUGCGACGCCGUGUCUUUUGACCCUCGCUGCGAUCCUUAAUGGACACGAUGACGUCACAGUAGCAAAGGAACAUGCCACACCCCGUGACUCCUGUUUGGUGUUAAACUCAGUGUGAAACCAAAUCGUGGUGAUGCAGCUAGUUGUUGUUUUCAAACAAUGCACUUUGAAGAGUACAAGAUUGACCACGCACACAAUUGACCACACACAUCUACAAGUGUGUGUGUAUGUCGAUGAGAGAAUUUGUGUGCGUGUGUGUGGGUGUGUGUGUGCGUAGCCAUCAAGUUGAGGUAGUGAGUGCUGACCUCUCCCCUGUCUCUUGCCUCAUGUUUCUAUCUCUGUUUUUGUUAUCUUUAUAAUACGCCACUUUCCAUGGCCAUGCUUCUGGACCUUAGAACCACAGAAGCUCAGUACAGGAUCUAAGACAAUGCCUAAAAAAAGCUCCACCUCACAUCCCUGCCCUUUUCGUAGCGAUUCUAGUUCACCUCAACAGAUAUUCUACUUCCGAGUGAUCAGUCCUAUUCCGAGCACCUAGCUAAUUCUACCAAAAGCUCAUCUCCGUAGCAACUGUUUCUUCCGUAAUGCUGAACGGGCUUUUUCCUUAACCCCUGAGCGCAGAGCCUCUGUUCUAACCUUUACGCCACCAAAAUGGUAACGAUCGAGUCUUAAUCAGUUACCUAAGACUCUUUGCAUUGUCAUAGCAAUAUGGUUAUGAUGUAGUUGAGUGUUUUGAGCAAAGAGUGAAUACUGGUAGGCCCGUCGAUGGGCCCAUCUGCAGUAAGAGGUUAAAACAAGUGGCAACAGCACACGCACAUAUUGCCUUUCAUGGUCUUCUCAUAUCUUCCUUUCAUCUCUCUCUCUCUCUCUCUCUCUUUCUCUCUCUCUCUCUCUCUCUCCCUCUCUCUCUCUCUUUCGCUGACACACACACAACCAAACACACACACACACACACACACACACUCAUUCUCUCACACAAACAAACACAAACACACACGUUCAUAAUAAGCUCAUGUGGAAGUUGAAUUCCCACCUCAUCUUGUCUUUGGCCUGCACCAUCUGACCUUCCUCCAUUGUCAAGGUCGCGCUAAAUAUAUAAGCACAUCUUUUAUUUUCUUGUAUCCAUUUUCAAGGUCGCGCUACUUAAAUAAGCACAUAUUUUCUUUUCUUUUGACGAACUGAAACCUUGAAGAGAUGGCCCUAUGAUAUGAUGAUACUGUAUAUACAGUAUGUACAGUUUAUGUGGAUAAUAUGUACAGAAUGAAUGAAUGAUGAAUGACACUUUAUUUUGCUUGACUUCUGUUGAAUGUGAAAAUCUGUAAGAACUGUACAUAGAAAUACUUUUUUUCUUUCUUUUUUUCCUUUGCUUUUUUUCUAAGACAUGUUAGCGAUGGAUUUUAAUUGGGAGUUCAAGACAAUUGAUGAGAAGUAAUGAAUACUGUGAAGUAUGUUAUCAUUUGAUUAUCAUAUUUUUUUCUGUAUACAAAAGCUUGGAAUGAAAAUAAACAGAUGACCCACUAUCCAA